AUUCAUGCCUCAGAAGGAAAGUAUAAUGGCCUCUGUGAUUAUGUUGUGUAACUAAAUUCUCGGAAUCUACUUCCUAUGCGGUGAUUCAAUUUUGGUACUAACAGGCAAAAGAUGUUUUCUCCUUCAGGAAUCACCCCUCAGGUAUCUCAAACAUGUUUUAUGCCGGUAAAGCAAUGAACUUUUUUAAUUUUCCCGUGUUUGUCUCACGUGCUUGUCUCACAAUUCUCUACGUCAUAUUAAACACUGUUCUUUAUUUCCCUGUCACAUUUCGUUUCUCUUGUCACAUCUUUGGUGUAUACUCGAUCGUAGCUUUUAACGUUUUGCGAAAAGAUGGAUUCAAGCAUGGCACACAGCGGUAGUAACUGGACUGUAAAGCUUUUUGCGUAAACUAAGUAUGCGAGUUUUUCUGCGAAGAUCGAUGUGAUACGAAUAUCAUAACUUCUGAACCUCUUUAAAAUUAAAUCGAAAUUGAUUAGAUGUAGUGCACAGGAAGUGCUUAUUACUAGCUCCCUCUCUUUUUUUGCAGUUGUACCAAAAAUUUCCUGUCAUAAUAAAGGAUGUCCAUGUUCUAAAUUUUAAUUUCGUGGAGUUACAGCCAAUAAACAUACCUGUGUAUCCACUAACUUGAGCUGUGCAGAGAGAUGUUUAUUAUGGUGCUGUUAGAAGUGAUAACAAAGUAGUGAUCAUCAGAUUGAGUUGUCAUUCUAAUCUCCUUAUCUGGGGUUUAUGUCCAGAAAAGGACAAGGCACUUACUCUGUUAUCAUAAGCCCCUCUUUUAACUCAACAGUUUUAACGUUCAAUUGGAAUUUGUUUCUUUUUUUCCAUUCAUUCAAUCAAGUAUUUAUGUGUUUUUAUUUUCUUCAUCAAUUAUUUUCUGUGUUCUCUAGGCUGGAGGACUUCUUUACCAAAUGACAACAGUGUUAAAUAGUGUCAAGAAGUCAUCCAUUGGAAGGUGUAUGUCAUAUAUACAGACUAAAACACAGCAUGAUAACAACUCAAAAGUAAAAACAGAACCAAGUGUGGCAACUACCUCAGACACAGUAACAUCUGACAGUGUAAGUUUAAAAAGUUAAUUCUUAACCAGAGAUAUGUGCAUCCACACAACCAUUCCAUCUUUUCAGAAGGUUAGGGGAAGUGUCUAGGGAUGAAAGCCCAGGGCCAGGUUCUUUGAAACACCGUUAACCUAACCCUGCGUUAGUGUAAAUUUUUGAUUCAGUUAAAUAGCUUCUCAAGGGGAUUUUUCUUUCGUAUUUUUUUCUUGUUAUUUUCAAGUCGUAUUGAGAUAAUUCCCCCAACAAAUCCUCAGCUCUUACAUUUAUACAUGCUCUUCUACAUGAGAAAUUGAAGACAAGGUUAACUUUUAAUCCUAGAUUAACGUUAGCCCCCUUUCAAACAACGCAGCCCAGUUACUCAAAUCCUGAUUGUAUCUCGGACCUAAUUAUGGAGAAUCCAUACUUAUUUUCAUAUAGCGCAAACAUUAUUUAUCUGAUAUUUUAAGUCUAAUUAUUUUCUUUUGAUAGGGAAGUUUUGAUUGGGCUAGUACAAAUGAAGUUGUAAAUGUCUCAAAUUGACAAUAAAUUUCCAAUUUCUGUGGUACAAAGUCUCAAUGUGAUUGCAUCUGGGUCAGGAGUUUUCAUCUUUUCUUCAAUUUGUUUUUGCGCUUAUAACUGUCAUGUGUACUUUAUUAUAUACCUUCUAUAUCAACUAUGAGUACUAGUUGUCAUAGUUUUUUCUUUUCACUUUUAGGAUCCUUACACUACAUUUCUUGAAGAAUUUGGUUUGUCAUCUAUUCCAGCUGAACUGUUAUCUCAGCUGACAACAGCUUUGUCUAUCUGUCAGUGUAACACAAACAGCACUGAUAACUUGUGGAGAGUAUCUCAUGUCUCUUCAGAUUCAUUUUUCAAGAACAAACAUGGUAAAGCUGAAUUGUUUCAUUUAGUGAUACUGUAGAUGUAAUGGUAAAACUGUUAAAAGCACACCUAAAACUGAGAAACUUUGGGCUGUGAGUCUGAAAAUUUUUUAAACUGUUUUUAAUUAACCCUUUAAAAUAGUUUUGGCAGAAUUUCAAUAAUUUUGAAGCUAAACCUGCAACAGAAGUAGCCUAUCUCUUUAGUACCACAUGUUUUGCAAGCUUUAGUAUAGGAUAAAUUCAUGCCCUCUCUUUAGGUCACUAGAUAGCAACUCUGGAAAAAGUUGACAAAGCUAUUGCAUAACUUGAGAAUUUGUCUCACUUAGUUGUUGACUUACUGAUUGCAUCUUUUCUUGACAGGAUUUUCAAGUAUAACUGAUUAUUCAAGACACAAGUCAUCCAUCUUCAUGACAUCUUUUUCAAAAAUACCAUGGCUACACACAUCAUGUAAGUGUAUCAACUGUGCAUGAUAAUAUGUUUAGCCAAAUGUAAGGUCCCUAGCUUGAGAACACUGCUGAUAAAGUACUCACAGCAUAUAAAGUAGGGUUACCUGUGAUAUAAAUUUCACUACAGUCCUGUUGUGGCUAAAUUAUGUUAAAAAUGUGACUGCAAAUUUUUGAUCUCCUUUACUGUAGUUCACACCCAAAACAGGGGAAUACAUUCAUAUUCUUCGCGGCGAAUACAGCAGCUGGAGGAGAGAGCUAAUGCAGAAGAACACAAUCCCAGGGCUCAAUCAGAAUAUUUACGGGUCAGUUUAUGUUAGCUUGUGUGCUCACAUGGUACAAAUCUAUUUAAAGAUAGUUGUUAUGAAUAAAAUGGAUUGUAAGACAAGCAGGAAUGAUUGUGUUAUAACCAUCUGUGUGUAACUUUCAGGCCUUGGUUCAGGAGGAUCCAAAUUAUGUUGUGAGGAGAUAUGAGAGUGGAAAGUAUGCCAUAGACCAAUCUGUGACAAAUGAAUACUUGAAGGUAAAGUUGCCUAAGUUUAAUUUUUUUGUGCCUGGGUUUUUUGCAAAGUAAAUACAAUAUAUAAAGUUUAGUUAAUAAAGAUUACUAAAUUAUUUUGAAAUUGAUGAGAUUAUCAGUCCUUGAUAAAUCCUUUCAUAACUGAUCAAAUUAUUUCAUUUAGUAAGAUGCAGCUGAAUUAGCUUUGUUAUGUUAAAAUUUACAGGCACUGGUGAUGACAGACAGAGUUAACCAAGUUGACAUGAAAAAGGUAUAAAACUAAAUAUUUAUUUUUUGUGCAUUUGAGUUUUGCAAAGGUUGUACCAAUUCCAAGAUAUCUUUGUUUUGAGAAGCUGCAACUUCUGUCCUAUAUUCUAGUUAAAUGCUAAUAUGUAUGCAUAUGUGUAUUUUUUACUGAAAGGAAAAUAUUUAUAGUCUGAGGAAAAGAGAUGUUAAUUCACCUUAUAGUAGGACUUUAUUCUUCACUGGCCACUUGAGCUUUCCUGAAUACAAUUAUACAAUUACUGUUGAGGGAACCGACAUGGGUUCUAGAUGAGGGGGCUUUUCAGAGAAUGGGCACUUUCAAAAAAUUGGCCCAGCAUAAUUUUAGUCCAAUGUCAUUAAGCUCUUUCUUGUAUCUUAGGUUUUUUAAGGGGGAAGGGAGGGUGGGUUCAUGAAAAACUUUGGUCUCCUGAUGAGGGUGGGGGGUUUUUGGAUAGGGAUUCUUAUCCUUAAGACAUUGAUAAUUGGCCCUUAUACUUUGUUUUUUUGUGUGUAUGUCUGUGUUUAGAUCUUUUCUUCAGGCAAUGAUUAUGGUAGUACAUCAUCCCAUGGGGCACCAACCUCUCCUUUAGUUCAAACUGGGACUGAGGACAGUCCAAUACAUGUCAUUACUCAAAACCAGAAAGGUGAGCUCAGUAUAGUUCUUUUUUUUCAGGAAGACACUUCUGGUUGAUCCAGGAGGCUUUGACAUAUACUAUACCUUCAUAACACAGAAAAUUUAUUGUUUGAAAAAUACUUCAGUGAUAGAUUUUACUCUGUUACUUUGCAGGUUCAUUCUUCCGCGAACAAUUUUGGAACACAGUCAGAUUUUUGAUUGCCCUUUUUCUGAUCACCUCGCUGAUUGAGGGGCAACUUCAAAUGAAAUGUAAGUGUGAGGUGUUAUAGAACAGUCUAAAGUUACUGUUAUCAAGUGAAGUAAUUAUUACUUUUUAUUAAUGCAAUGAUCCAAAUUGUAACAUCAAUUUUCUCAAGGGUGAUUGGCUAUAAGCUUUCCAAUUUGAUCCUGGAACUGAAAUCUAGGCACCCACCCAAAUGUAGGCAUUAUAUCCUGUGCAUAUGAAUAGGUGUUAUCAGCAUAGCUGUUCUGUGAAUUAUAACUUUUAGUGUGUUUUGAUUUGAUGAUACAAAAACCUAAACAAGCACCUGUCCAGCUUCAUUUGUAGUGUCUGAAAUUUGUAUUCCCCAGACUGUUGGACUUGCUUUCUCAUUUAUUUAAAAAAAAAAAAAAAAAAUUUUUGUUACCCCCAACCUCUGCUUGUUGUACAAAUUUAUUGUAAUUUCAAUAUUUUAAAUUGCUGGCAAGAUUUCAUCGAAUUCAGUGCGUGUUCCUAGCAACAGUCAAAGUAAUGAUUUAAUGUGACCCCUGUCUCACUGCCAUCCAAUUUUGAUAAGUAGCCUUCAGUGAUUAGUUGGACUAUUGCUGGUUGUACAUCAAUCAAAGCAUUUUUUUUAUGGUCACACUCACUUUGACUUGUAUGUGCUAAUAAGAUUUGUAAUGUGUUGUUGUUAUAUUUAGCCACUCAAUCUGUGGUGCAUGAUGAGCAUGUUUUUUGUUAUUUUGACUCACAGUAACUUCAGGUCACAAAGAUAUUCAGCCCAACACCACAGACAGAAAGUGCAGAUUUAGUGAUGUUCAGGGGGUAAGUCUGUAGCAAAAUCAAACAUCUUGACAGAUUUCUGUAGAUUGCUGUCCCUGUAAAUGUUGUAUGAAUUGGGUCAGCAUCCAAGCUGUUGGUCUCAUUCUUGAUUUGGCUCUCUCUACCCUACCCUUGCAGUCUCAGCUCAAUUAAAUAAAACUGUUUUACUCACCAACAUAUGUUCCUAAGAAAGGUGUGUGAUGUAACUCCCAGCAAGGCUUGAUUUAACUUUCCAUUCCUUGGCCCUAAAAUUGUUUUGAAAUUGACAGUGCUUCAAUUAGAAAUUUCUGCUUUUGUAUGUAAAGCAUUGCCAAAAAUAAUGUAGACAGUCCCCUCGAUCCACAAUUCCCGAUCCUAGAUUCUUGAAUUUUCUUCAGGAUAAAGUGGUUUUCAAAAAUUUGAGCUGAUUCUUCAAGACUUUUGAGAUGGGAAACACAGAAUUUUUGUGUGAUUAAUUUGUACAUGUUAUGAAUGUAAACUCACGGUGCCAAAAUUUCCUCCAUUGUUCAGGUGGAUGAAGCAAAGCAAGAAUUAAAGGAUGUGGUGGAGUUUCUAAGAAAUCCAGAGAGAUUUAAAAGACUUGGAGGCAAGAUGCCAACAGGUGAGAAGCCAAGGUCAACUCAAUUCUUUUUUCUUUUGUUUUCAUUCUCUAAUUGAUGUUAUUUUGUGUUGUUCGUAGGAGUUCUUCUCAUUGGCUCACCAGGAACAGGCAAGACUCUUCUUGCCAAGGCUGUUGCUGGUGAGGCUGGGGUUCCUUUCUUCUUCUGCUCUGGUUCAGAGUUUGAUGAAAUGUUUGUUGGUGUUGGAGCUGCUCGAGUCAGGAAUCUCUUUGGUGAGUGAAGACAAGGGUGUGGCUAAGAGUUCAGGGUGCAGGAUGUACCUCACCCUUAACCUGCUCCCAGGCUGUUGAUAAUUAUUAUUGUUAAUGUGUCAGUUUCCUCAUGAGAAUUUGAUAAAGAUUUGAUACAAUUCUGUGCAAAAGGAAUGUCAACAAUCACUAUCUUUGUUUUAAUUUUAGCUGCUGCAAAAGAGCAUGCCCCCUGCAUAGUGUUCAUUGAUGAGUUGGACGCGAUUGGUGGGACAAGAAUUGUCCAUGAUCAUCAGCCAUAUUCCAGAAUGACCCUGAAUCAGUUGCUUGUUGAAUUGGAUGGGUGAGUACUUGUUUUCUUUCCUGUGGCUCCUUUUUUGGAAAAGAUCAGUUCUACACAUUUGAAAGGAUUUUUUUGUGACUCAUUGAGCACUAAAAUUUUAUUUUGAGUGAAGCACAAAGAUAAUUCUUCAGUGAUGUAGCCAGCUUUAUAACUACUGAGUUGUACUUAAAACGUGAUACAUGUAUGCAUACAAAUGCAUGGUGUGUUUCAAUUUAAUCCCUGAUUCGAAUUACAUUUUCUUUUUUUAUUAUUUAGCUAUGAAUUAUAAAUAUUGUAAAACACAAGGAAUAACGAGAAUAAUCUUUUUGUCUGAAUUAAAGGUGGCUUUUCAGCCCCACAAAAGUUUACUAAUAAACUUGAUUAAACCAGCUGAUAUAGUUUUUUCCGAAUACUGAAUAAUCUCUCUGCCAGACUUGAAGCAAGUAUCACAUGGAGAGAAUGUAUAUUACGCUUUGUCUCAUACAUGAAACAUCUUUUUGACAGGUUUGAUACAGGAGAAGGAAUAGUCGUUAUUGGAGCAACAAACUUCCCAGAGGUUUUAGACAAGUAUGUUUCGUAUCAUUUUUUAAUUUUUUUUCUUUUUUUUAUUUUUCAUACAUAUUUAAUGCUGUUUCUUUAGAACAACCUUUUGGCAAUAAAAAAAUUAAUAUGACAUGACAGAGAUUACUGAAACACAAGGAAAAUUGGAUGUUUUUAACAGCGGAACCUAUUUUUAUUAGAACUAAUCCUUCAUAAUGUGCAUCACACAGGGCUCUUAUCAGACCUGGCCGAUUUGACACUAAGAUAACGGUACCCAUGCCGGAUGUGAAAGGGCGACAUGACAUCCUCAAGGUGCAUCUGAAGAAAGUACAAGUUGCUGAAGGUAUGCCUAUUCUAAUCCCAUUCAAAUUAUGAGUCAUAUGAAACCGUCGGCUGACUAAUACUUCUUUGUGGUUUCGUAACUUUCUCACAAUUUUGUGGGAAACCCCCCCCCUCACCGCCUCCAAAAUGAUAAUAGCCUGCCCCGCAUUGAAGAUGCUGUAUAUAUCGGCGAUUCACUGUUUUGCACUUUAAGCGCAGGGUAACAGCAUUUAGAAGCAACUAUUUCUUGAACUUGCGAACCAGUUUUCAUAGAGUUUGGUGUUUAUCUCCCCCUGCUGUUUCUUUCUGCAGAAAUCGAUGUAGAAGUGCUUGCAAGAGGAACUGUUGGUUUCUCAGGUAUGAAGGUCAAAAAUUCUGUCGAACUUAAUCUGUAGUCGAGCAUUAGAGAACCGCCCUCCUGAUUUCAUUUCCUCUUCUAAAUAUGUAGAGUUAGGACAGUUUGAGACAGUUGUGCAAACCCCUAGACGUAUACUGUUGAACAGUGACAGCGCACAUAGUAUUGACGUUAUUUUGUAAAGCUAAAUUUUUAGACGUAUAUUAAAAAUUUAGGCGGAUAGUGACGUUAAAUAUGAAUGUAUAUGAGGUACCAGUACCUUAUAUAUAGCAUGGACUUUUCUCUUUAUAAAGGUGCCGAUUUAGCCAACUUGGUGAAUGUGGCAGCAAUUUAUGCAGCAAGUGAAGGAGAUGCGAGCGUCUCAACGAAGCACCUUGAAUUUGCUAAAGACAAAAUCAUCAUGGGUAAGUUUGGCUUUACUUUAUCUUUAAUUUGCAUUUGUUUAUCCUUAUUUUUUUUUUUGGUUUUUUUCAAUCGCCGCCUUGUCAGCUCAAUUGCAUGAGCUCCAAACUGCGUAUGGGAAGUAAUAAGCUCAAAAAUUCUCACCGAGACUGCGACUGGUCAAUCUUAGAAUUUGACGAACACGUACAAGCUACAAUGUCAUGGUUUGUUGUUGAUGGUAGUAUUCUUUUCAUCCUGACGGUCGUUUUUCUUUUUCAUUCUUUGGCUUAGUAUUUCAUCUCUGAUGAGUGUUUUCGUUAGCAUAUUCAGUUUAACUAUUUUGUUUUUGUACAAUGUUUCACCGAAAAGUAUCCAAUGUAAGCCGUCUAAAACUGAUGGUAAGGUUUGGGUGAAUUCUUACGACCCCUACAUCCAAAUGGCUCAAAUGCUUGAGCUUAUCCGUGUUUCCUAAGCAUGAUGCGAUUAGUAGUAUUCCUCUCUUCCUGGAUCGGAUAACACGAGAGAACUGCCUGAUCAUUCCUCAAAACGAGACCUUUCAAUCCGUGAUCCCACGCGCACACAACGAGGCCAGUGCGUGUUCCACUGGUCCGUGGGUUUGUUUGUGCUCAAUAUUGUCUCGUAUUGCUGUAGGUCCCGAAAGGAAAAGUAAAGUCAUUGAAGCCAAGAACAGGGAACUUGUGGCGUAUCACGAGGGAGGACAUGCGCUCGUGGCGCUUUAUACUCCUGAAGCUCUGCCGAUACAUAAAGCAACCAUUGUACCGCGGGGUCAGUCCCUGGGAAUGGUAAGUAUAAUGUUCGUAAACGUUUUGCUGCAUUUCUUUGCCUGAGGAAAAGUUUAUGCAAGGUGUGCCGCCGAGAUCUUCAACCUCCUAACCUUAAUUUAAAAGAAAUCCAAUGGAGCGAAACCUUCAGAUACCAUCCAUGAAGAAAAGAGGGUAGACAGGUCCGUUACUCCGUAACUCAACACAUUCUUCUUCUUUGUUUAAAGGUCGCCAUGCUCCCUGAGAAAGACGAGUUAAACUGGUCUAGAGCCCAGCUUCUAGCACGACUGGAUGUGGCAAUGGGCGGCCGUGUGGCGGAGGAAAUUAUAUUUGGUAAAGAGAACAUAACAAUGGGUAAGUGACAAGGCUGCGUGUAAUUUACAGCUUAUUUGUAAGAUAAAUGUCACACGUUCAAUGUAUUUAGACACAAGUUAGGAAAACUGGCUUUAGUGCACGGAGGUUAGAUGAUUGUUUCUCUGUAAUAAUGUUGGCUUCAUGAGCAGGUGUUUUUACAUAGUCCCUUCGCGCUAUUUUAAUUCUUUUUUUGUUUGUUUAUGUAUCUGUUAGGAGCCGCAAGCGACAUGGAAGCGUCAAACAAGAUUGCACACGCCAUGGUGUCUAUGUACGGCAUGAGUGACAAGGUACGUUUAGGAGAUACAACAUGUUGUUUGGACUGAGCAUAUUGGAAUAAGUGACAAUAAGUAGAAAGAGAGGGAAGCUCCUGGAAGUCAUUUAUAAGUAGUCUCUCGAACGGAAAUGUGUGUUUCGAGUUUUCGUGUUGACCAUGUGAGUGGUGUUUCCAUGGAACACGUGUAGCCUUCCCCGACAGCAGCGAAAACUCGGAAGAACCCAAAGAGUUAGCAACGCCGCCAUGAGUUUGACCACAACUGGCCUUGCUUUGAUGUCAACAGUUGUGCGUUCAACAUGGCGGAUUGUGGAAGAAGAGCAAUCGAAAAAUCAUGCAAGCAUUCAGUUCAUCAUUUUAUCCUUCUAUCGUCGUUCUUUAUCUAUAAGGCCAAUUUUGGAGAGGUUUUCUGUCGCUUAUGCUGCCAAGUUUCUCGCAACGCUUCUCAUCAAUUGUUAUAUUGUAGAAGUAACUAAAUCAUUAAAAAAAAAAGUCAAGGAAGACGAAUGGAUAUAUCUCUUUCUGCUUUCUCAGGUCGGUAUGGUUCAAGUGAAGGAUGUUUCGAAAUCGAGUCCUGAGUUACAGGCACUUAUUGAAAGUGAAGUCAAGCAGCUUCUGAAGGUGAGCAAAAAAUAUUACAAAGGGUAGCCACGUUUAUACAAUCACCAAAAGGCAAGAAUUAAGGUUAGCUGUCCCCACAAAGCGACUAACUGUGCAACAAUGCGAAGGAGAUAGUAGAAGUAGAUAGUAUAGAUAUUUUACCUUUUUCUGGUAGAUCUAUUGACGGAUUUGAAAAAAAAAGGAGGUGAAAUCGUUGUUUAAGUUUCCUUUUCGUGUUUGCUGAAUCCUUUUUACUUUACUCUUAAUGUAACCUGAUGUGAGAGUACUGAUAUCGACUAGACAGAAGUGGCUUCCCUAUUCUAGAAUUAUUUAAUCUGUUAGAAACUUGUUAUACUGAAAGCAAAGCGCAAGUCAAAGAGGGUACAACGCCAAAGAUUCAGAGUCAUCAAAGAGUGGUGUUUGCUCUCGGAAAGAUAAUGAUCUUACAUGCCUGCAAAUGUAUCUUACAUAUAACGUGGUAUUUGUGAUGAGACUCAGAGAAAGAGAAACAUGACGAUCGUUAGAAUUGUGUCAUCCUCCCAUCUGAAAGGACUAAACAGUGAACAACCAAACUUUCGAAGACUUUGAACUCUUUCACUCCUAAAAGUGAUCAACAUGUCAUUUUACUUCAUAAUAUCAGCACAUCGCCAAUAUGACAGAUAAAUAGAGGGGCAAGAAGCAACAAAGAAGGGUUGCAGAUUUUGACGUAACACCUAAAGGAAAACAAAUCAAUGGAAGUUACUUUGGGAUAUUGGAAUCAAAAGGCUUUUUUUUUUUUUUUUUUUUUUGGGGGGGGGGUUAGCUGUUGACUACUAGUUAUUUACUUGAGAGGGUAAUAAUCCUUGUGUUGUGUUUUUAGGACUCAUACGAAAGAGCGAAGAAUAUACUACAGACUCACUCUAAGGAACACAACCGUUUAGCCGAAGCUCUGUUGAAGUACGAGACUCUUGACUUGCAAGAGAUCAAAGAGGUCAUUCAGGGAAAACAGCUCUCUAGAAACCUGUGAUGUUGGCUCUUCCAGACUAACUUCGUUUUCGUCGAACUAAAUAUCAGCUGAAUUACUUAAAUGUUCAUUUAAAUGUUGCCGUUGCUGAAAGAAGCUUCGCCUCCGUUUGUCGAUCAGCAUCUUGAAAAUUUAGCCUGAUUGUUCGUCAGUUGCAUCUGUCUAUACUGACCCAUGUCUGUUCUCCAUUGUCUUAUUGAUGCUCCUUUGGAGGAGCAAGCUACCAAAGGAUGAAAGGUAACUGGGAUGCUAAAACGAGGCAGAAUAUCACCGUAUGGACGAAGCUGCUCUUUACUUUAAAGGAACUUAAGUUGUAAUAACCAUAGCAGUUCGAAAAAUGCGUUGACGCAUCUUAAAUAUGUACUAUAGUGCUUGGCGCAAACAGUUUUGGCCUCGUGUGCCAGGUUUUUUUUUUUUUUCACUUUAAGAGUAAGGCAGUAUCCGUUUUCUGCGCCGCGCAGUCACAUGAGCCCAGUUAUGGUACUUGUUUAUUCCCUUUGUUAUCAGAAGUUAGUCGUUCCAGUUUUCGUUGUUAAUUGUUCGCGAAUUGUUUUUUACCAAAAUAUUGCUCUCGGGAGCAAUGUACCUUUCUUUUUCGAAUUAUUCCAAGGCUGAGAAACUGCUGUUUAAUCUCUGAUCAAUAUUUUGUUUUGUUUUUGUUUUUUUUGGUUGUAUGUCCAGAUGCUUCUGCGUUUAGUGUUUUAUUUCUGUGACACCUAGAGGGUUGGGUUUUGGAGGUUCUUAACCGAGUAUUACACGAUAGCUAAUCACAGAUUACGAAAAAGACUCAAAGAACUAAUGAAAUCGCAACAAGUAAUCUCCACAAAUCGCGGGAAAACGCGUGUGGCACGCCUAAUGGUUUUUUAUUUGAUUGGCUGAUUGUGGGCUUUGUGCCUUAUUAUAGUCUUCGUGAGGAAUUAGCGGCUUCGACUGAACCGAGAUUUGUCAAACAUCCAAGCUUUUCCUAAUUACUUACAACGCCCUGCUUUAAUCUAUCCGUAGAUGUGGUUACAUAACUUGGCUCUAGUAAAACAUUUUAAAUAUGGCUACCUAUUUUCUUUUACUCUUUACAACAAACUUUGAGUCAGCAGGUUUUAAAAUCUUUUGACAGUGUAAAUGCUACAAUUUCAUGUAAAAGGUUUUCAUUCCU